AUGUUCAGAGAGCUGCCGAUUCCUGAAGAGGCGAAAGUUCGGGCAAACGAUGGGAACUUCGAAUUACAAGCAUACGAAGUUACAGCUCAAUCGGAACAACUUCGACCUCCUAGGAAGGUUCGUGUCGCUGUCAUCCAAAAUUCCAUUGCGUCGCCAACAACAGCGCCCGUAGACGAGCAGAAAAAAGCGCUACACGCCAAGGUUGGCGCAAUGAUUGAAGCAGCAGCUCUGGCGGGGGCCAAUAUUGUCUGCUUACAAGAGACAUGGAUGAUGCCUUUUGCUUUUUGUACUAGAGAACGAUUACCGUGGACGGAAUUUGCCGAAUCUGCUGAACAUGGUCCUACAACGAAAUUCCUUUCACAGGUAUGGGCAAAAUGCUAG